CUCAUCUGAGUCGGUCGUCCCUCGAAAUUAUUAUCAGUGACACCAUUAAUAAGAAGUCGAUCGUACAGAAUGCUGCUAAAGUUAAAACACUCACUACUGAUUUUGCUCUUACAAUGCGCGAUAAACAGCGGAAAUAUCAACACUUCUGGAUUCGGAUACGAGCUUACGAUGAGCCGGCUGGAUACUGUCAAUGUCAACCUCCAGAGAGAACAUCUUCGCUCUAAGCAAUAUUUUCAGACACUCAGAUCGGAGAUUGAAGAUCUUCAGCGAACCGUGUCGAAUACCGAAACAUUGGUCACCCAUCAAGUUGGUCGCGUGGUUGAUCUUGAAUUGCAACUGAAAAAACUAACCCAGCUGAUCGAAUCCGUCGAUGAGAUUCCUCGCAUCCGAAGUGAGCUGCAAAUGAUUUCAUUGAAUGUUUCACGAUUAUUAGCGGACUCCAGCAAAAUACAACGUGUGCAGCAAACGCUGCCCACCACGGAGAUGUUGAACGAUUUCAUCCUGCAGUUGGUAGCAAACCCGUUGAACGUGACUGGAACCGCGCUUCUGGAGUCUAGGAAUUUACCGCGCACCUGUGCGGAUGUAUCGGAUCGUCGAUCCGGUGUUCAUCGACUACACCCGCAGCCUGAUUUUAAGAGUUCCUUUGAAGUGUACUGCGAUCAGGACUAUGAAGAUGGCGGAUGGAUGGUGAUUCAAAAUCGUUACGAUGGAUCGGUGCAUUUCUACCGGGGUUGGAAUGAUUACGAAAACGGUUUCGGCGAAUUGCUAGGGGAGUUCUGGAUAGGAUUGAAGAGGAUCCACGAGCUAACUUAUUCGAAACCUCACGAACUGCAUAUUGUGAUGGAGGAUUUCGAAGGGAACAGCGCGGUCGCUAAAUAUUCUCACAUAUUGGUGGCUGGGCCGGAGGAGAAAUACGAGCUGAAGAGUUUAGGCAGUUACAGUGGAACAGCUGGGGAUUCGCUAGCGUAUGCCGUCAAGCUAAAGUUCUCUACGUUGGAUUCUGAUAACGAUACGAAUUCUGGGGAAAAUUGUGCAGUGCGCUAUCAGGGUGGGUGGUGGUAUGGCUCUUGUCAUGACAGCAACCUGAAUGGAUUGUACAUGAAGGGUAAAGUGGACGUCUUCGCAACCAUGAUGUGCUGGAAGGCGUUCAAAGGUUAUAACUAUGGCUUGAAACGUUCCCGAAUGAUGAUCCGAGUAAAGAAAUGAGAUGACAUGAAAUAGCUUAUAUAAAUAGUUGACGUUCAAGAUAUAUUUCUACCGUUCUCCAAAUUAAAGAACGAAGAUUUUUUUUUUCAUAUAAACCACGCUUCUAUUAAAG